CCGUAGCAUAACACCACAUACGUAACUUUACGCAGAGAAGGAAAGAACUUGAUCCUGUACCUAAGCUCUUGCUUUCUUCUAGGGGUUCUCAAUGAACAACCUAAAUGAUCCUCCUAGAUGGAAUAUAAGGCCGGAUCCACAGGGAGGUGCUGAUGGAGGAAAAUGGAACUAUGCACUAUUAGUCCCGAUGAUUGGUCUGGCUGCCUUUCGUUGGAUCUGGACGCGAGAGUCCGAGAAGCAGAUUGAGAAAGUGAAGGGCCAGUUUGAACAGGAUAUGGCUGCUCUCACUAAAGACCUGGAGCUCAAGUACAAAGACACAGUCGCACAGAGCCGCCGGACGGCCGCCCUGCUGGAGCUGGAGCUGGAGAAGGAGCGCCAGCGGGUACAGGGCUACAGGAAAGCCCUGGCUGCCCAGAGCCAGCAGCUCCUGGAGGAACGCAAGCGGCUACAGAAGGAACGUGAGGAUCUGGAGCAGGAGAAGAGGGCCACCCUGUACUCCGGGGCAGUCGGGACGGCUCUGCGCCUGGCCCUGGAACAGGAGGAGGAGUGGCAGCAGAGAGCCCGGGCUCUUCUGCAGGAACUGGAGCUCCAGCUGACAGAGAGGCAGGAUGCCUUCUGUAGUUUGCUGGUGCCCAGGGUGCACCGACUAGAGAUGGAGAAGAACCUGCUGCUCACGGCGGCCAAGCACCCCGUGGGUACCGAGCUGGCUUUGGAGGAGGAUCUCAGAGACAUUUUUAGGAACGACCGGCACUGCGCAGACCUGCUGAACAUGGACAAGAGGAAAAACGGGAAGUUGAUGUGGCUGUACCUCAGAUACUGGCAGCUACAGGUCACCCUGCAGAAGUACAAAAGGGCAGAGGAGACACUGAAGGGGUCAGCGCCAAACAGCAAGUAACCCAGAUGCCACAGCAGAUCAGGAACAGACACAGCUUGUCUUGAAUUAUGUAAAACAGUAGCAGGGUGUUGCUGCCCUUCUGGUUUGCAACACUGUUAUUUUUUACUUUCUUUUUUUUUUUCUUGUCUAUUUAUGAAAUAUUUGGGGUAGGAACGUCGAAACCUACUGACAAUCAUGCCAGAAUAAUCGCUACUGUUUGUUUUUUUUUGCGUGUGUGUGUUUAACAUCUUUUGUUGGGUUUAAGGAGAAUGAGAUUCUAUAUGUUUUGUCUUGACAGAUUGUCUUUAAAAAUGUUGAUCAUGGUAAUGAUAGAUUCAUAUUCUAAUAUGAUAUUUCAAUGUGUUUGUUCAUGAAAUAAAGUAUACUCAAUUGCUUGAA